AUGGUUGCCAGUGUCACAAUUGACCUGGACGGCGUCGGCGAUGUCCCCAAGCUCUCGGUCUACCUAGAUUAUUUCAAUGGACAUGUCACUGCGAUGAUCUCCGGAGGUACCGUGCUAAAGACCCGGUUCCUGGAUCAAUCUUCAUCAGUUCCUGCGGCAGAGAGACCUCACCCUCUAGCAGUUGGGCUCAGUGACUGCCUGAGUAAGUGCAGCCGGAUGCAUCACUCGAUGCUCUUCGAUUGGUUUGCCCACCUGGUCAGCCGUGGAACUCUGCUGGCACCUGUCCUGGAGUUUGUGCACGGGCAGGCGGGCAGCGAGCAACAUCUGCAGGGUGUGGUUCAGACCCAGGCGUAGGAUUCAGUUGGGCAACGCAAAGCCAUGAUCCUUCUUGAAAACCGAUGGGCGGGAGGG